AUGCCAGAAAUUGACCCUUUAGAUGACCCUGAAGAAAGGCGCGUCGUUUUCGCGGCCUUAGACUCCUUCAGGCAGUAUCGUCGUGCAGCACACUAUCAUAUAACCCAUCUCCGCCGACAGUCUUUUUAUGCGCUUCCGGCUCCUCAAAUAGAGCUGCUCUCUUCCCCGCCGUUUGAUCUAAUCAAGACCUUCCAAGCUGUGGACCACGCCAUUGAAUCGAAUGCAAGCAUUGCAGAGGCCAUUGUGGAACUCGGUCCUGCUCAAUUCGGCCUCGAAGUUGGCGACGAAAGCUGGCAUGGUGCGGCAAAACCAAAUGACCUCGAUAAAGCGCGGUCUACCAUACGACAAUUGUACCGAGACUGGUCUCGCGAAGGUUUGCCUGAGCGACAUGCUGCAUAUUCGCCCAUACUCGACGCCCUUGCACGGCACUUCCAUAUUCCGGCAGCCCAGCGCCACCAAAAACGAGUGCUUAUACCUGGUGCUGGGUUAGGGAGACUGGUCUUUGACAUCUGUGCAGCGGGCUAUACGGUGGAGGGAAAUGAGAUAUCCUAUCAUCAGCUUCUGGCUUCGAACUAUGUUCUCAACUGCAUCCAGCAGGCUGGUAAGCACACACUCUAUCCAUGGGCUCUCAACUUCAGCAAUCAUAUCACGCGUUCGGCUCAACUACAAUCUGUCGCCAUACCCGAUAUAAAUCCUGUGACCACCCUCGAGCAGGCACAGGCGGAAAUAGCAUCAGGUGUACACUACAGUCAUCGCAUGUCCAUGACUGCUGGCGACUUCUCCACCGUAUACCGACGCCGAGAGUAUUCCGAAUUCUUCGACGCAGUGGCUACCUGCUUCUUUAUAGAUACUGCGCCAAACUUGAUCGGCUAUAUUGAGACGAUAAGGACCUGCCUGAAACCAGGCGGCAUUUGGAUCAACCUUGGUCCUCUUCUCUGGCACUUUGAAUCCGCCCCUACUCCUGCGACGCAUGAGAAACAAGAUGGGAUGGCUUCUCAUGACCAUAGUAAAGGAGACAAUGGCAUUGGCGAACCCGGAUCUUUUGAAUUAUCACAUGACGAAGUGGUAGCUCUUGUUCAGCAGUACGGCUUUGAGAUGAUCGAGCAAAAGCCAGCCAGUCCCACGGGCUACAUACAAAAUCCGGCAUCUAUGCUCCAGAACGUAUACCGUCCUAUGUUCUGGGUGGCCAAGAAGCUCUGAAGGAAAACUGAGCUCGGAAAAGUAGAUGUACAUAUCAGAGGCAAGUUGUCUCACCACAGAGGUGCUGCCGUUAUCACCUCGGAAAAC